AUGGGACACAACAGAAUAUUACAUCUUGACUGGGAGAUACAAACCAAUCCCUGUGUUCACCAGCAGAAUCACCAAUGCGGCGACAAUAUACCGGGAGCUACUGCAAAUCAGACUGUCUUCAUGCAUGGAUACUCGAUCUCUGUUUGUGCUCAACCAAUGUUAUGUGCACUGGGCAUCAAACCGGUAGCGACCAGUGGGACCCAGGCUCCCUAUUCCCCUACAAGCCCUUUUGGUUUGAUGCCAGCUGUCAUGAGGGCAUUAGGCUUCUCAGAGACUAAUGGGAGGAAAAGAGAUAGCAGUAAGCUUGGAAGAUUUCUCAGCAAGGGACAGGUGCCAUUGGAAGAUGAAGUUGAAAUCAACACAUUGAAGAUAGACAUUCCCUACAACUCUGUGGAUGAGCAGGCUGAUGCAUCAGUUCAGAAGUUCCCUGGGCAGAGCGAGAUCUUCAACCCCUCAGCUUUGAUAAAUGAUUUUAUAUUGGAGUCUUAUCCUGAUGCCACUGUUGCACUCACACAUGAUGAUCACCUUUGGACGGGCAUCGCAGACAAGGUUCAUAACUCAGUUGAUGCCACAGAGCUUGUGAGAUAUGCCAUCAUUAAUAAUCUAGUCCUUAUUAGCAAAGGUUCAGGACCACAUAAUGCCUGCAUAGCUAAACGAAGGUGGUCUGGCGAAUGA